AUGCCUUGCGACUAUGGAUUCAGAGAUGGCUUUGAGCCGGAACACGUUGACCGCAAGGGUCUAUAUGUCAGCUUGGAAGAGCGCAUCAAGUACCUGCACAGCUUCCUUGAGUGGACUUCCGCCGAUGUCGAGGCCCUCCAGGAUGGAUCCAAGUACCUCAAGCAACUUAUUCCCGCCGUCGUCAACCUGGUCUAUAAGAAGCUCCUCAAAUAUGACAUCACUUCGCGUGCCUUCCACACCCGCACCACCGCCUCGGAGGAAGAGCCAGAGGACGAGUACCUCACCGAAGAGACGCCCCAAAUCCAACGGCGCAAGAUGUUCCUACGCUGGUACCUGAUCAAGCUAUGCCAAGAUCCCACCAGCAUGGAUUUCUGGCGAUACCUGAACAAAGUCGGCCAAAUGCACUCCGGCCAAUUCCGCCUCGCCCCCCUCAACAUCGAAUACAUCCACCUGGGCGUCUGCCUCGGCUACGUCCAAGAUAUCUUCACCGAAGCGAUCCUAUGCCACCCGCAACUCAGCAUGCGCCGCAAAAUAGCCCUCCUCCGCGCAAUCAACAAGAUCAUCUGGAUCCAAAACGACCUCUUCGCCAAAUGGCACCUGCGCGACGGUGAGGAAUUCGCCGACGAAAUCUCCAUCUACAGCUUCGGCUCCGGGAAUAACGAGGGCUAUCUGAGCGGACAGCGCAUUCUGGGCUCUAGUUCCGGUAGCUCCAUGGAUGAUGACCGGGCCAGUAUUGCGGAUAGCUUGGCGCCCUCUAUGAACAGUGCGGCGCCGUCGACGCAUACUACGGCGUCUUCGAGGACGCCGGAGGGAGCGACGAAGAUGUCGGCUUGUCCUUUUGCGGAUUUUGCGAGGAAUAAUUCGACUGAGACUAAGAUUUGGGCCAAUUGA